GACAAAAGUGAGUUUGGUCGUGUUUCUCUAAUAAAUUCUAAUAUGUGUGAAAAUGUUGAAUCAACAAAUGAGCAUUUUUUCUCCCUUUUUUUUUUUGGGUCUUCGAGCUAGCUGUUUCCUGUUCACUUUUUCGUUGUCUGUUUUGCUUUAAUUUCCGGGUCCAACUGGUACUCCAUGAGAAGAUUGUUUCAAGCUUCUAAGCUCCAAGGUUUCUGCUUCUUUACUUACCAAAGUGUCUUUCUAGCAGCUGGCAAGUUAGUAUACUUCACAUUUUCCAUCUUUAGUAAUAUCACAUUUCACUUUUUUGUUUCUUAGAAGAGUUUAAGAUCUUAUACUUUUUGCUAGGGUCGAACUCCAUUGAAUUUUUAUGUGCCAUGUUCCAAUUUCCUGUUUUUUAGCAAUUUUUUAUUAUGUUUGAAAAGAGUGGGUGAGAAAGAGUUUUGGAAACAAUAAUUGAAAGUUACUGUGUAAGAGUUGGUUUGAAAGUUGGUAGCCAGCUAGCUCCAAAUAAUUGGGAGAUGUUGCUUGUAAGAAUAACAAUGGAGAGUUGAACCAAAAUUUUAGUCUUUAACUCCUAGUUUGUCAUGAUUCUCCUUUUUUCAUCUUUCCUUCUCAUGAAAGAAAAGUUCUGUACAAAACACAGGAAGUGAUUGACUCCAGCAGCUGCUUCUCAAUGCACCUUAGUUGCUAUCUAUGGUGGUUUUGAAAUCAAAGUUAGAACUUCCAGAAGUAGUGUGUGCUUUAAGAAAUCUGUCAAUGGUAGCAAAUAGGUGUUUGUCUGAUUCUUCUUAUUGUGUUUGAGAGCUUUUGGCCUGGAAUGAUUGGCAUCUCAAGCAAAAGUUAAAUGGCAAAUGAUAUGGGCUUAGCAUUUUACAUCACCAUAUGUUGCAUUGCCCUUAUCAUAUCGAAGAUCAUUCUUUCGAUUCUCCUUUAUAAGAGAUGGAAAAGAAAGAACAUGAUUUAUGAGGAAGGUUUCUCAGGAGGGAAGAUGGUGAUGUUUAGGUCUCCAGUGUUGCAGUCUCUAACAUCUGAUGUGUUCUUAAAGAAGAUAUUGAAGUUAAGCAACAAAGACAUCAUUGGUGCUGGAGGGUAUGGUACAGUUUAUAGAUUAAUGAUAAAUGACACCAAGGCCUUUGCUGUGAAAAGGCUAAACAGAGGAUCAGCAGAUAGAGAUAAAGGAUUUGAGAGAGAAUUGGAGGCAAUGGGCGAUAUUAAGCACCGCAACAUUGUAACUCUUCACGGAUACUACAGCACCCCUCACUAUAAUCUUCUUAUAUAUGAGCUAAUGCCUAAUGGAAGUUUGCAUGCUUUUCUUCAUGGGAAAUCAAUGGACAGUAAGAUUUUAGAUUGGCCAACAAGAUAUAAAAUAGCAUUAGGUGCUGCAAGAGGAAUAGCAUACCUUCACCACGAUUGCAUCCCCCAUAUAAUCCACAGAGAUAUCAAGCCAAGCAAUAUAUUACUCGACCAGAACAUGGAAGCCCAAGUGUCAGAUUUUGGACUUGCCACAUUGAUGGAGCCAGACAAGACUCAUGUUUCAACAUUUGUCGCUGGAACCUUCGGUUAUUUAGCCCCAGAAUAUUUCGAUACUGGAAGAGCAACAGCAAAGGGAGAUGUUUACAGCUUUGGAGUUGUUUUGCUAGAGCUUUUAACAGGAAGGAAACCAACGGAUGAAGCAUUUCUUGAGGAGGGAACAAAGCUUGUUACAUGGGUAAAGGGAGUUGUUGAAGAAAGGAAGGAAGAAUAUGUAGUUGACAGUAGCUUAGGUUCUUGUCCUGUGGAUGAGAUAAACAAUACAUUCAGUAUAGCAUUGAUGUGCCUUGAAACAGAUCCCAUCAAGAGACCUACAAUAGCUGAGGUUGUUAAGAUGCUGGAGAAGAUAAAGUCGGAGAAAGCUGUAAAUGAUUCUUAAUCUUACAUUCGUAGAGUAGCCUUCCAAAAACUCCUGUACAUGCAUCAUUUAUAUCGUCUUUUUUUUUUUAAUGAAUAAUCAAAAACAAUUUAUUGUUUUUAACAAGUUCAGGGAAUCACAAACAAACUCAUGAAUCAUAAGAUAAAGAGUGGGUCUUAAUCACUCGGUGAUCGCAAGAUCUUUUUAACAGUAUACGUUCAACUGCCUUGAUUAUUAGUAAAUGUCCCUUGGAAUUCAGCUCUAACACAAAAAAUUCGGACAUCAACCUAAAAUAGUGUCAAUUUUUUAUGAUAUAAAUCAUCACAUAAUUAUUGAUUGAGAAUAGCUGUCAAGAAUCACAAAAAUCUAAGAGGAAGGCGCACGUUAGGAAAUGCUCUCAGAUUUUCUUGAGCUAAGGAUUUUCUUGCUUUAACUCAAUUUCUUGCCAAAAUUUAAUAUUGAUUGUAUUUCAUUGAUUUCCACUUAAAUUCUUUGUUUCUCUUGAUUGAUUGUCAAUUCUGAAUCGAUUGGAUCAUGAAAUGAAUCUGUUGAAAACUCCCCCUGGUUUGUUGAAAAUUGGGGGAUCUCGAUCGGAAAUGAACGCGAUUUCAAAACCUAAUGGUACCUUCCUGACAUAUCCAGAUCGAAGUAGAGAUGGGAGUGGGGAAGGAGUCGUAACUAAUUCUGAUGAUUGGGUAAAUAAGCAAUCUGCAAUGGACUGGCGACAUUUAUUCUCUGCUUCAACCAAUCAGGCUUUGGACUACUUUCCACCAUUGAAGAAGGAAGAAUGAGUAUUUGAGGAAGGGAUCCUAUACUGGCAGAACAAUCUGAUAGCUCAGUUCAUCAGAAGAAUUCCAAAUUUCAGCCUUUUCCAGAAGAUGGUAAAUAUACUUUGGGGAAUGACAGUUUAAUUGAGAUAAAACCAGCUAGAAUAAAUUUGUUUGUGAUUCAGUUCUCGAAUGCUGAAGCUAGGGACUGGGUAUUGAAGUAUGGACUAUGACAUACAAAAUAAGUCACUGAUAGUAUGGAAGUGGGAACCUGGCAUGAAAUCUCUAAAGUUUAAUAUGGAAAAACUACCUGUUUGGGUUCAUUUGGGCAAUGUUCUUCUAGAGCUUUAUUCAAAGAGGGGAUUAAGCUAUAUUUUUAGUGCUUCAGGGAAUCCAUUGUACAGGGAGAUUAUAACAGCGAGCCAAUAGAGACUAGCUUAUGCCAAAAUUUGUAUUGAGAUGAAAGCUAUCCUGGAAGUUACACGGUUUCUUGAUGUGGAACUAAGGGAUGGAUCUCUACUAUUAGUCUCAGCGGAAGUGACAUGGACGUCUCAAAGGUUUCCAAAGACAAAUCCAGGAUUCAUAUUCACUGGGAGCAAAAACUGUUUUAUAAUAUUGAAUAUAUAUAAGUUAACUAAAAUACAUAAAAAAUUUGUUUUAUGA